AAUAUGUCCAGUAUUUACCUUUACAUAGUCUUGUUCUAAUUCAAAAAUCACUCUUUUACAACUCAGAAAUAGGUAUUGAGAAGUAGGCUCACACGAGCAUGACACGAUGCCAAAAGCCAAGGCCACUUCUAAGAAGGAACCAUCGUGCACUGGCACGGUAGCAGGUAAAAGAAAAACUCCAGCCAAGUUGGGGCAUUUGUACGUGAAGCGAUUUCCCGACAUCAGCACACUUACACCUGGGGCCAAGCGAGACCGAGCGAAGCAUCCACACGAUUGCAUGGUGGAUUAUGCACCCACGGGAAGGUGUGUUUGUAAGAUGUGCGGGGACUAUAUACCCCGAAAUCAGUUGCGAUAUGUGCUGAUGGUUCAGUGCCAUAAAGGUUAUAAGAGCGCUUGUGCACUACAUAGAGAGUGCUUUGUAGAGCAUCCCGAGAGUUACAAGUUGGAGAUGAGAGACGAGGUUUUGAUGGAUGCACGCGUACUCGAGCACGAAGCGGAUGCGACUGCUGCCUGGAAAUUGAUCGAUAGCGUGAUUGGUGAGGGUGUCAAUGAUAGUAAGGCUAUUAAAGAUGAGUAAAGCUAUGUUACAUUACAUACGUUGUACUACCUAAAACUAUAAACAUCUUGGUAUUUGGUGACGUAUGCAUGCAGGUAUGAUAGAUACAUUAUAUCGGUCGAA